AUCAGACGAGCAAGGAUUGGUCAAAUUUAGGUCCUCGUAAAAAGCGAAGAACCUGUAGUAAACCCUCCGGAUAUCAGGCAAUGCUGUCCGAGCGCGCCUCUUCAGCGAAAAACCCUCCGGCGCUCUGGUGCCUCACUUGCCACGUAAAGGUAGGUAUAUGAGUAUAUGAAUAGCUGCAAUUAACUUUCUUAGCUGAGAGUCACAAACUCAAAAACAUUGCAACACACAUCGAUUUCACCCCAAGUCCACGGAUAUAAUUCCAUACUCUUUGACGUCAUGGCCGACUUGAAGGAGAUCGCCGUCAUCGGCGGCACUGGCGCUCAAGGCAUCCCGGUCGUCAAAGCCUUAGCACAGUCUGGGCGAUAUCGUCUCAGAGUCUUGACCCGCAAUCCGGAGUCUUCCCGCGCAAAGGAGCUCGCUGCUCUCCCACACGUGACCCUGCUCCAGGGCACCCAGGAUAACCAACAGGAUCUGCACAAGGUCUUCCAAGGCGUUUAUGGGGCUUGGGUUAACACCGAUGGCUUCACUCUGGGAGAGAAGGAUGAGCUUUUCUACGGCUUCAGGGCUUAUGAGAUCGCCAGGUCGGAAGGAUUGCAGCACUACGUUUGGGCGAACAUCGAAUACGCUAUGGAUGCCGCCAACUUUGAUGAGAAGUACCAUUGCGGCCAUAUGGAGUCUAAGGGGAGAGUUGGCAAAUUCAUCCUCGCGCAGGGGCAGGAUGUCAUGAAGACCACCCUUUUCUCCACUGGACCCUACAUGGACAUGCUCGUGGAUGGAAUGUUUGUGCCUAUCGAGCAGCCGGAUGGAUCAUUCAUGUGGGCCAAUCCAGCCCCGAGCGAUACGAAGAUGCCAUUGAUAGCUCUUUGCGACGUGGGUGUCUACAAUCUGUGGAUCUUUGACAAUCCGUCUGAGUCGGCAGGCAUUGACCUCCAAGUUGUGACAGACAAUGUCAGCUUCGGAGAGAUUGUCAGAAUCUUCACAGAAGUCACUGGAAUAGCCGCAGUCCAUAAGACUAUGCCCUUUGAGGCAUAUGCGCCUCAUGCAGAGCCUUAUCCAGGUGCAUCUGUCAACUGGGUUCUCGGUCCUGAUGCGGUUCGAGACGACUCUGUUAUGAGUUGGCGUGAAAACUUCGGGAGUUGGUGGCGCUACUGGGGAGAUGGAAUUACCAAGCCACGGGAUACAGCAAUCCUGGAUCGUAUCCACCCUGAGCGCAUCAAGACCUUGGCAGAGUGGAUGAAGCGUACUGGGUAUAACGGGAAACGGGGAAAUGUCCUAAAGAUGGUUGAAGACUGGGCUGCUAAGAAAGGAGCACUGCCAGGGAAAUAAGGCAAUGACAGGUGAUGAAAAUGUCUUUACAGCCUAAAGUACUCUCAAACAGCUUCAUAGGAAAGCUCAGCUUUGUAUAGGACCGGCUGUGUACCGGGGUUUCCUUUGAACCUAGAUAGAG